AUGAACAUUCUAGAUCGAAGCAAUUCGCCCACUCUGCCUGCUCACUCAGCCGGAUCUGAUGGCCGAUUGGGGCAAGCCUCCUUGGAUGCUCUGGCUUCAUGGACUCAUUUGAUUGUUGACGCUUCAUCUUCGAAGACGCUCCUGCUGCCCGCCUUAAGUACUCCUUUGCAAUCCCUUCUGCUCUUAUCCCGCUCUGCCGUCCUACAUUUCCGCGAGAUGUUCGAAAUACUCAGCUCUAUCCAUCGCCUCAAAGGCCGGCGUCGCUUGUUCAAGGGCCUAGGUCCUAGCUUGACAGGCGUUGUACCAGCAACUGUGAUAAAAUUCUAUACAUACGGCAACUGCAAGCUGCUUUCGCCCGGUGUUUUGCAAUGCUCCAAGUAA